UGAAGAAGAAAAAAACGUUGUGUUUCUAAGGCAUUUCUAUUUCUUGGCCUUUCUUUGACUAUUUUUGCAAUGAUAAGCUCAGAGGAGUUGGUUGAGACAUCAAAGGAAUUGGAUAACAAGAAUGUUGAACACUACGGACGCGGCGAAUACAAUGGAUACUCUGGUGGUGGAUAUAAGUCCUCAUACGGUGAUUAUAACAAUAGAUAUAAACUCCACAUGAUGAAUAUAACAAGGGAUAUGAAUCCUCUGAUGACGGAUAUAAAUCCUCAUAUGAUGGAUAUAACAAGGGAUAUAAAUCCUCAGAUGACAGUUAUAAAUCUUCAUAAAUCUUCAUAUGAUGAAUAUAACAAGGAAUAUAAAUAUUCCGAUGAUGGAUAUAAAUCUUCAUAUAAUGAAUAUAACAAGGGAUAUAAAUCCUCGGAUGACGGAUAUAAAUCCUCAUAUGAUGAAUAUAACAAGGGAUAUAAAUCCUGAGAUGACGGAUAUAAAUCCUCAUAUGGCAAAUAUGAUAACGGAUAUAAAUCCCUCUAUGAUGGAUAUAAACCCUCAUAUGACGAAUAUAGCAAGGAUACAAAUACACUGAAAGUGGAUAUAAAUACCCUGAUGGCGAGAUUAACGAAUAUAAUCAUUAAGUGACUAGCCAAUCCUCACAAUAAAGCAUCAU